AUGGUACACAGAUUUUGCUUUGAGGCUUUGGAUAGAACACUUAAAGAUAUUCUUAGAUUUUCUUAUACUAGCUGUGUUGAUAUGCCAUUUGGUGGAAAAGUCGUUGUUCUAGGAGGUGACUUUCGGCAAAUAUUACAUAUCAUUUCUCAUGGUAGCAGACAAGAGAUAGUUCAUGCAACCAUCAAUUCUUUUCAUCUAUGGUCCCAUUGUCAUUUAUUAACUUUGACCAAGAACAUGCGUCUUGCUUCUGGAGGUAGCCCUCAUAAUUUGAUAGAAAUAAAAGAAUUUUCUGAGUGGCUUCUUAAAAUAGGGGAUGGUGAUCUUGGAGAAGAUGUUGAUGGAUAA